CUUUGCGACGGCAGUUCUCGCUUGACGGCGAGGAAGCCGGAAGCCGCCGCCGCCGUCGUACCCUCCCCGUCCCGCCCGCCGGGCGCCGCCGGAGGUUGACAGGUCGAGGCGGGGAGGCGGCGGCGGCACAGCCGGACGCCCGACACGAAGACCCCAUGGGGAACGCUCCGAGUCACAGCAGUGAAGACGAAGCGGGUGCCGCCGGGGGAGAGGGCUGGGGCCCGCACCAGGACUGGGCUGCGGACGCGAGCGCCGUCCCCGGCUCGGGCCCCGCUGCCCCAGCGCUGCCCCCCGCCGCCGCCCUGCUGGAGCCGGCCCGACUGCGAGAGGCGGCGGCGGCGCUGCGGCCCGCGCCGCCUUGCGAGUCUCUGGUGUCCCGGCACCACGGCGCGCUGUUGCGCUGGCUGGAGGAGCGGCUGGGCCGCGGCGAAGAGGCCGUCACCCUGGAGCAGUUCCGCGAGCUGCUGGAGGCUCGCGGCGCCGGCUGCUCGGGCGAGCAGUUCGAGGAGGCCUUUGCCCAGUUUGAUGCUGAGGGCGAUGGUACUGUUGAUGCUGAGUACAUGCUGGAGACCCUGAAGAAUUCCAGUGGAGCCAAUCUCCAGGGGGAGCUGAGCCACAUCAUCAGACAGCUGCAGGCCUGUUCUCUUGUCCCAGGUUUCAUAGACAUAUUCUCAGAGUCCAAGGAGGGUCUGGGUGUGCACGCAUCCCUGAUCCUGCGUUUCCUGCACCGCAAUCGACUCUCCGGCAUGGCCAUCCCCUGCCCCAUGCUGGACCACUGCAGUAACAUGUGCUCCAUGAGGGCUUCUGUUCUGAAGGAGUCUUUGGACCAGCUGGUACAGAGAGAAAAGGAAAGUCCUGGAGAUCUAACCAGAAGCCCAGAGAUGGAUAAACUCAAGUCAGUAGCAAAGUGCUACGCUUACAUAGAAACAUCCUCCAACCCUGCAGACAUCGACAAGAUGACAAAUGGAGAAACAUCAUCAUACUGGCAAUCAGAUGGCAGUGCUCGCUCACACUGGAUUCGCUUAAAGAUGAAGCCAGAUGUUGUGCUUAGGCACUUGUCCAUUGCUGUGGCUGCCACUGACCAGAGCUACAUGCCGCAGCAGGUGACGGUCGCCGUGGGCAGAAGUGCCAGCGAUCUUCAGGAUGUCCGCGAUGUGCACAUUCCCAGCAAUGUCACUGGCUAUGUGACACUUCUGGAGAACGCCAACAUUAGUCAGCUGUAUGUCCAGAUUAACAUAAAACGUUGUCUUAGCGAUGGAUGUGACACUAGAAUUCAUGGUCUGAGGGCUGUUGGCUUUCAGAGAGUUAAGACGUCUGGGGUCUCCGUGUCAGAUGCUUCUGCCAUCUGGUACUGGUCUCUGCUGACCUCUCUGGUGACGGCGUCCAUGGAGACCAACCCUGCCUUCGUCCAGACAGUGCUGCACAACACGCAGAAGGCACUACAGCACAUGCCUCCACUUUCCCUCUCACCAGGAUCUACAGAUGUCUCAACUUUCCUGUCUCCCAACGUUCUAGAAGAGGUGGACAGCUUCCUCUUAAGGAUAACUAGCUGCUGUUCGACUCCAGAGGUGGAGCUGACUCUUCUGGCCUUUGCACUAGCAAGAGGAAGUGUUGCCAAAGUGCUGAGCUGUCUGUGUACCAUUGCUGACCACCUGGACACACGCUACGAUGCCUCGUCCCUCAUCUCCUCCAUGGCAUCAGUCAGGCAGACCCUGCUCCUUAAAUACGGUAAACCUCUUCAGCUGACCCUUCAGGCCUGUGAUGUUAAAGGGAAAGAAGAGAAAUCAGGGCCUGAAAACCUCCUUGUCGAGCCGUGGACGAGAGAUGGGUUUCUUACAGAGACGGGAAAGACCAGAGCAAGUACCAUUUUUUCUGCAGGAACUGAAUCUGCCUUCCAAGUUACACAGAUCAGGAUUAUGGUUCGACGUGGUGGCAUCGGUGCCCAGUGUGGGUUGGUGUUUGCCUAUAACUCAUCUUCUGAAAAAUUUCAUGCCGAAGAACACUUCAAAAGGUUUGAAAAAUAUGACAAGUGGAAGCUUCAGGAAUUCAGGCAAUUUGUAAAGAGCAGGGUUGGUUGCUCAGCUGAUGACCUUGGCGAGGAUGACCCUAUUGGCUGGUUUGAGCUAGAAGAAGAAUGGGAUGAAGCAGAUGUCAAGUUGCAGCAGUGCAGAGUUGCCAAAUAUUUGAUGGUGAAGUUCCUCUGCACCCGUCAGGAGUCGGCAGAGCGCUUGGGAGUGCAAGGUCUCAGCAUUAGUGGGUAUGUCCGGCCGAAGCGAGUGGAAGCGGAGCAGCACAUUGUCUGUGCCCACUGCAGAAAGGAUGGGGAGGAGAGUGUCUGCGGGACCACGCUACUCCUCAGGACGCUUCAGUUCACUCAGCAGCUUGCCCAUGACCUGGUGCAGCAGAAGGAAAGUGGCUUAAAAUAUAAAUCUUUUCUGGACUUCGCGGGUCUUGAUUUGCAGAUCUUCUGGAAUUUUUAUAGUAAAUUAAAGCAAAACCCGAGGGAAGAGUGCAUCUGUGCCCAGACCCUGCUUCUGCGGCUCCUGCAGAGCUGCUUGUCAGUGCUGCAGAGAGACGGGCCAGCCACCCCCGAGGAGGCCAAGGCUCCCCGGCAGAGCCCUGGAGGGGCGGGGGCUGCCAAGGAGCUCCACGCACACUUAUGCGACGUGGUGGAUAGGGUGGACGGAGACUCUGUGCCCAUGGAAACAUUAAAACAAGAAGUCAGGAACACCCUUCUCAGUGGGGCUGCCGUCUUUUUUCCUGAUCGACAGAGCCGGAGGAGCCAUCUCUUCACCAUGAUGAAGAAUGUCACCGAGCAGGAACACAAGCAGUCCCAGCAGCUCACUUUCCAGUCACUAUGCACCUAUUUUAGUGACAAGGAUCCAGGUGGUCUUCUGCUCUUGCCUGAGAAAGGUAACCUGGCCGACAUGAACAGCAGCGAAGUUCUGGCUGUCAUGAGCACCCUCCUGUCCGUUGCUGCUCGAGAGUGUGAGCUCCUGCUGCUCACCAGGGCCCAGGGACGGCCCAGCUCCGUGCUCUUCUCCCUGUUCUGGGCCGUCCAGGGCAGCCUGCUCUCCUGGUGCUACCUGCAGCUGAAGAGCACCGACGCGGGAGCCCGGGGUCUCGCCGCCCACCUCAUUGACCAUUAUGUGGGACAGUUUGUGGCAAGCACGAGAGUGAUUCUGGAAUCCCUUUUGUCACAGUAUAGUGGACAAACCAUUGUAGAGAAACUGUGUAAUUCGGUGUUUUCGAUGGCAGCUCGUCAACUGGUGAUCUUCCUGCUGGACUUUUGCACUUUAGACAUUUCACACUGUGCUCUCCUGCGAGAGUUCAGUACACUGACAGAACUGUUAAAGCAGCUCUGCGCGGACCCCACAGGAGAGCCAGACAAGCUUGAUGAAGACACUUGGCAGCAGGAGUGUCCUGUGGUAUUACACACCUGGACCAAGGAGUCUGCCCACAACUAUGAGAACAAUUGCCAUGAGGUGUCUGUCUUCAUCAGCCCUGGGGCAACCUACUUUGAGGUAGAAUUUGAUGAGCGCUGUGAGACUGAGAAGAGGUACGAUUAUUUGGAGUUCACUGACGCUAGAGGCGGGAAAACACGCUAUGACACCAAAGUUGGCACUGAGAAGUGGCCCAGGAAAGUGAUCUUCAAGGCUGGCCCCCGGCUGCAGUUCCUCUUUCACUCUGACAGCAGUAACAAUGAGUGGGGUUACAAAUUCACCGUCACCGCCUAUGGCCUGCCCGAUGUGGCCGUGUCCUGGGCCCUGGAUUUACAGCUGCUCGUUUGCCGGCUGAUGGGACGCCUCGCUGCCCAGUGCAUGGCGCUCAAGUCUGCGCACCAGUUUGGAGACGACAUGGCAGUGGCUCCAGCAAAAAUGGCGUUGGUCCUGAACUCUCCGCUGUGGAAACCUGUUUUCAGGCAUCAGUUGAGUCCAGAGUUGGGAUUAGCAGUGAGCUGGCCCACGCACCUGCACCAGGAUAGUAAGGAGGUCAAGAACAUCCCCGAUGAUCCCUGCCACCACUUUCUUCUUGAGUUUGCACAGUCAGACCCUGCCCAGAACUUCUGUGGGCCAUUUUCAGAACUUUUCAAAGGAUUCAUACAGGCAUGUAGAAAACAGGCCCCAAAGACAGAUAUAGUUGCUGGUUCCACUAUUGAUCAAGCUGUGAACGCCACCUUUGCUGCUCUGGUGUGUCGUACUCCAGGCUUAUAUGAGAAGCUGCAAAAAUAUGUAAACAGUGGAGGCAACACAGCCCUGAGCGAGGACUUUGCACAGGUGUAUUGCUUGGCAGAUGGGAUCCGAGUAUGGAUGCUGGAGAUGAAGCAGAAGUCAUUGAUGAACCUGGGGAAUGAGGCAGAAGAAAAGCAUGGCCCAGAAGCUGCCGAGGCGAACCCUGAGAGCCUGGCAAAAGAGUGUAUUCAGAAGAGUCUUCUGUUACUACGAUUUUUGCCCAUGGGAGUAAGUUCAAAAGAAAGCUGUGACAAGCUGGUGGCUGCAGUAGAAACAGAUCACCUGCAGCCCUGCGACAGGUGCCCAAGGACGAGCUCUGUGGUGGAGGAGCAUUUCCAGGCCUCGGAGUCUCCCGUGGACACGGGCACCCUUGCCGCAAGCAGUGGGGGUCCUAGCUCAGAUGUGCCGCUGAAGCUGCUGCCCAGUGGUGGCCCCCCUGCCACUGAGGUGUCCUUUGCCACUGCCGAAGAGCCCUCUUCACCUUCCGCUCCUGCCCGGCGGCCUCCCUUCACCCGAGGGCGACUUCGACUGCUCUCCUUCCGGUCAGUGGAGGAGGCCAGGCCCGUGCCCACCGUGAAGGAGAAAUACCCCGUGCUGAAGGAUGUCCUGGACUUCAUUAAGGACCAGUCCCUCUCUCAUGAGAGUGUCGUAAAGGUUCUUGCCUUGAGGAAAGCUCAAGCUCAGAGCGUCCUGGAGGUCCUGAGGAUCAUUCAGUACUGCACGGAGUCCCUGGGACGGCCUCAUUGCUUCCACCCACCGUGUAUACUUUUCCUGAUGGAGCUUCUCACCUGCCAGAAAGAGUUUACCAAUUAUUUCACACACAUGGAGGGCUGUGGUGCACGUCUGCGCAAAGAGAUUCGAGACACUUACUACCAGUUUGUUCUGUUUUUGGUUAAAGCAGUUAAAGAAUUUAGCAGCAUGAAUGACAGGUCGCUGCUGCCUGCCUUGUCCUGUGUGCAGACAGCCCUGCUCCACCUUCUGGAUAUGGGCUGGGAACCCGGCGAUCUCGCUUUCUUUGUGGACAUUGGGUUACCACACCUUCUCAUGAAACUGUCACAAGAGAAUAUAAGCGUCCACGACAGCGUGAUCAGCCAGUGCAGUGAAGAAGAUGAGCUCGCGGAUGCCAAGCAGAAUUCAGAAUGGAUGGAUGAGUGUCAGGAUGGCAUGUUUGAGGCCUGGUAUGAAAAAAUAGCCCAGGAAGAUCCAGAGAAGCAGAGGAAAAUGCACAUGUUCAUUGCUCGCUACUGCGACCUGCUAAACGUGGACAUCUCCUGUGAUGGGUGUGAUGAGAUUGCCCCCUGGCACCGCUACCGGUGUCUGCAGUGCAGUGACAUGGAUCUCUGCAAAACUUGCUUCCUAGGUGGGGUGAAGCCCGAGGGCCAUGGAGAUGAUCACGAGAUGGUCAGCAUGGAGUUUACCUGUGACCACUGCCAGGGUUUGAUCAUCGGCCGGAGGAUGAACUGCAACGUGUGUGAUGACUUCGAUCUUUGCUACGGGUGCUACGCGGCAAAGAGAUACUCCUACGGCCACUUGCCCACCCACGGCGUCACAGCCCACCCGAUGGUGACCAUCCGGAUCAGCGACCGGCAGAGGCUCAUCCAGCCAUACAUCCACAACUACGCCUGGCUGCUCUUUGCUGCCCUGGCUCUCUACAGUGCCCACCUGGCCAGUGCAGAGGACGUGGAUGGUGAGAAGCUGAAUCCCCAGGACCGUGGCACUGCCAGCCUGCUGCGGAGCCAGUGCAUGCAGCUUGUCGGGGACUGUCUGAUGAAGGCUCACCAGGGAAAAGGUCUGAAAGCUCUAGCUCUCCUUGGUAUAUUGCCAGAUGGUGAACCUAGUCCAGAAAGUCGGGCCCCACCCGUCACUGUGCCCACUCGCACGGCAGAGGAGGAGAGAGCUGUCUGGGGCCCUGAGGACCUGCCACAUAAAAGCCUUUCUAUGUGCUACAGUGGAAAGGAAGAUGGUCCUAAGGAAGUCAGACCUUUAGAUAGCAGGAAGAGAAGUAAGGCAGAUGAAGAAGUUGCAUCCUUAAUGAAUGGUCCUUUGUGCCAGACUCCAAUCUCAGACACCCCUGCAAGGCUUCCAGAUGCUGAGAAUACAGUCAUGUUGUCUCAGGAGUCCAUCGAGGAAAAGGCGGUUACUCCAAGUCCUGAGCAGGUGUUUGCUGAGUGUUCCCAGAAGAGGAUUUUGGGAUUACUAGCAGCCAUGUUACCUCCCUUAAAGUUGGACCCUACAGUCCCCGUGAUAGACCUGGAGCACGUCCUCCCACUCAUGUUUCAGGUUGUCAUCUCAAACGUAGGCCACCUGAAUGAGACCUACCACCUCACGCUGGGUCUUCUCGGCCAGCUCAUCACCCGCCUCUUACCAGUGGAGGUGGAUGCUGCGGUGGUGAAAGUCCUCUCCGCCAAGCAUACCUUGUUUGCAGCAGGGGACAGUUCUGUGGUGCCAGAUGGCUGGAAGACCACCCACCUGCUCUUUAGCCUGGGAGCCGUGUGUCUGGACAGCCGGGUGGGCUUGGACUGGGCAUGCUCCAUGGCAGAGAUCCUGCGGUCCCUCAACAGUGCCCCACUGUGGCGUGACGUCAUCGCCGCCUUCACAGACCACUGUAUCAGGCAGCUGCCUUUCCAGCUGAAGCACACCAACAUCUUCACCCUGCUCGUGCUGGUCGGCUUCCCACAGGUCCUCUGCGUGGGGACCCGCUGUGUGUAUGUGGAUCAUGCUAAUGAGCCACAUAAUGUCAUCAUCUUGAAGCACUUCACGGAGAAGAACAGGGCUGUGAUCGUUGAUGUCAAAACCCGGAAAAGGAAAACAGUGAAGGACUACCAGCUGGUCCAGAAAGGACAGGAAUGCAGCAGCUCUCAGGCCCAGCUGAGCCAGUACUCCCAGCACUUUGCCUUUAUCGCCAGUCACCUUCUGCAGACCAGUAUGGACAGCCAAUGUCCCGAGGCAGUAGAAGCAACAUGGGUCCUGUCUCUGGCCCUGAAAGGACUGUAUAAAACACUAAAGGCUCACAGUUUUGAAGAGACCCACACCACCUUCCUUCAGACGGAUUUGCUGAAGCUGCUGGUGAAAAAGUGCAGCAAAGGGACUGGUUUCAGUAAAACGUGGCUCCUCCGGGAUCUGGAGAUCCUGUCCAUCAUGCUGUACUCCUCCAAGAAGGAGAGCCACACCUCAGCUGAACACACAGCCCUGGAGCGAGAUGAGAGAGGAGACCAAGAGGAGGAGGUAGAUGGCACAGUCAGCAGCCCUGGUGAGCCAGACCAAAAGAAGCUAGACCCUCUGGAGAGCCUGGACGAGCCCACCAGAAUAUGUUUCUUGAUGGCACACGAUGCGCUCAAUGCUCCUCUGCACAUCCUCCGGGCCAUCUACGAGCUGCAGAUGAAAAGGACGGAUUCUUUCUUCCUGGAGGUUCAGAAGAGGUUUGAUGGGGAUGAGCUCACCACAGAUGAGAGGAUUCGCACCCUGGCUCAGAGAUGGCAGCCCAGUAGGGGCCUGAGACUGGAGGAACAGAGCACCAAAGCCGUGGAUACAGACAUGAUCAUCUUACCGUGUUUGUCCCGGCCUGCCCGCUGUGACCAGGCCACGGCCGAAUCCAACCCCGUGACCCAGAAGCUGAUCUCCAGCACCGAGAGUGAAUUGCAGCAUAGCUAUGCCAAACAGCGGCGCAGCAAGAGCACCGCCCUCCUGCACAAGGAGCUGAAUGGCAAGAGCAAGCGGGCCAUCCGGGAGUACCUGUUCCGUGUGAACGAGGCAACAGCUGUCCUGUAUGCCCGCCAUGUGCUGGCAUCCUUGCUCGCCGAGUGGCCGGGGCAUGUACCGGUGAGCGAGGACACCCUGGACCUCAGCGGCCCUGCCCACAUGACCUACAUCUUGGACAUGUUCAUGCAGCUGGAGGAGAAGCACCAGUGGGAGAAGAUCCUGCGGAAGGUGCUUCAGGGCUGCCGAGGGAGCAUGCUGGGGACCAUGGCCCUGGCCGCCUGCCAGUUCAUGGAGGAGCCGGGGAUGGAGGUGCAAGUGAGAGAGUCAAAGCACCCAUAUAACAACAACACCAGCUUUGAGGAUAAAGUCCACAUCCCUGGUGCAAUCUACCUCUCGAUCAAAUUUGACUCACAGUGUAGCACAGAGGAGGGCUGUGACGAGCUAGCCAUGUCCAGCAGUAGCGACUUCCAGCAGGAUCGACACACUUUCAGUGGGUCUCAGCAGAAAUGGAAGGAUUUUGAGCUUCCAGGGGAUACUCUAUACUACCGCUUCACCUCUGACAUGAGCAACACGGAGUGGGGUUACAAGUUCACUGUGACAGCCGGACACCUGGGCCGAUUCCAGACAGGCUUCGAGAUUUUGAAGCAGAUGUUGUCAGAAGAAAGAGUUGUGCCACACCUCCCACUGGCCAAAAUUUGGGAGUGGCUGGUGGGGGUGGCUUGUCGCCAGACUGGUCAUCAACGAUUGAAAGCCAUCCACCUGCUUCUGAGGAUUGUGCAAUGCUGCACCCACAGCGACCUCUGUGACCUUGCGCUGCUAAAGCCCCUGUGGCAGCUCUUCACCCACAUGGAGUACAGCCUGUUCGAGGACGUGACCUCACCUGGCAUCCUCCUCCCCCUGCACCGUGCCCUCACUGAGCUCUUCUUCGUCACCGAGAACCGCGCCCAGGAGCUCGGCUUGCUGCAGGAGUAUCUGCUGGCCUUGACCACGGACGACCACCUUCUCCGCUGCGCGGCACAGGCCCUGCAGAACGUCGCUGCUAUCAGCCUGGCCAUCAACUACCCAAACAAGGCGACCCGCCUCUGGAACGUUGAGUGUUAGCCCUGGAAUGGCACACAUGCAACUAGCUGCUCAGCCCCAGGACUUGAGAGCAGACAUCUGAACUCCUUCAGGAAGAGGCUGUGACGUCCGUGCCCGGCUUCCCCUCGUUCCCACUUGCACUCCACCUCCAAGAAUGCACCGCAUCACCAUCUAGCCUCCUGCAGACGGCACAGUGCGUGAGGACGGCCAGCCAGACAGAGCCCUUGAGAAAGGAGACCUACCUUCGCCAGGGUCGGUUCCAGUGGAAGCCACAGCCCAGAAGGAUCUGAAAGAAGCCUGUGUGGAUGGGGUUGUAUGUCCAUGAGCUGGAGCUGCUGGCCCUGCCCUCACGUCUGCACAGUCUGCCCAGAGCUGCCUUCUCACCAGGACCCCAGCGGCCCCUGCUUGGCCUGGGAGCUCUUCUGCGCUUUCUUGAGACUGGGUGUCCAGACCAAAGCUGCUGCGAGCUUGUCCUGGCCUCCCCCUGGUCCCCAAGUAUGCACCUGGCUGUUGCGCAAUGUCCUCGGUGAGAUCAAGAACCUGUGGACAUGCCAGCAGGCCGCCCACGUGCAUUGCUCACACACCGGCUCCCAGCAUGCCUGCAUUUAGCUGUUUUAACAUAUUUCAAUUUCCACCUGAUGUUUUUAGAACAACUGUUCGACUGCCUUGCGAGGCCUCAAGGGGCGCCCAAAGGAUUGGUCAUUCAGAGGACACACUGUUCAUGUGAAAGCUUCUAUACGUAAAGACUUGAAGUGUUAUCCGAUGAGAACUUAUUUUAGAAGUGAAAAAAAAAAAACAACACAAAAAAAAUAUAUGAUUUUAUUUCUUCUCCAUGGUCAUAGUCACACACCGCAUUGCCUCUGGGAGCGCUUGCUUGUUUGGCUGUGACGAGGCAGUAACUGCAUUAGUUCUAGUGAAUGCUGUUUCCUGUUCUCCUAAUGAUCGCAGAAUGAUGACUCUCUUUCCAAAGCCGUGUUUCGGGGAGCGAGAGGGGCCAUGGCCACGCCUUAGUGGCACUUGGCGUGGAUAGCACCUGAGCCAGCAGCCAGUGCAGGAUGGCGUCUGGGCCCAGGGAAGGCCUCUUGUAGCCAGGGCCACGCUGAGCAGGUUAGCACCACCGUGGCCUCCAAAACUCCCUUUGCAGGGUCUGGGUGGGAAGGCUUCCCUGCGGAAGUGCUUUCUGGGUCAGGAGUCUGAGGGGCGGCCCCCUAGCCCUGGAGUUUGGCUCCCAGCCCACCUGUCCUGUGAGGGGCCCAGGGGAGGAGCAGAGGGCAGGCCCUGAAACACUGUGCAGAGGCCCGAGGCCUGGGCCCAUGGUGUUGGGUGCUUUCACCCUGCUGUACCCCUGGGGAAGCCCCAUGUUCUCUGGGGGCCCCGGCUCCCACACAGGGGGCCUGGGAGACGAGACAGUACAUUCCCCAACUGGCCUCCUGCCAUCCGCGCUCAUGACCAGGCUGGCUGACCGAGCCAGGACAGGUGGGCGGCAGGGUCACAGCUCUCAGGGCGUCACUACCGCCUUUGCCGGCUGUCUUCCCGUCAGGAGGCUGAAUUAUAGAGAGGCCGGCCUCCGCGCAGCUGCUCUCUGCUCUCACCCCUGUCCUUCUGGCCACUCUGGCCCCACUUUGCUCAGAGCCCCCCAGCUUCCGCUUUGCUCAGCUGCCACUCUACCCUGCACCCCGCCCCCACCUCUGCUCCCUGCAUCCACGGGCCCACAGUGUCUAGAGCAGUGGACGCCAAGACUGGUCAAGACCAAGCCGCCAGGUAGGAGACAGCGGUGUCGUGGAAACAUGUGCCUGAUAAAGCGAUUCUGACCCCAAUCCUGUAUAUUGUAACAUGGACACUGCUCCCAGUGGGAGGGGUGACUUAUUUUCAUCAUCGUUUUUAAUUUGUUUUCUUACGGGUUUACGAUUUUGAAUUUUUCUUAUUUGUUUGAAAGAAAGAAUUUUGAUUAUAUCAAGCUGAGCACGUUCAGCCUGUAAAAAAGAUGUUAAGUUGUGGGUAAAAUAUACAAAUGAAGAGAAAUAUAUUGUACAAAUUCUAUAUAUAAAAAUGCAACUGCGUGUGUGUUUUUUUCCCCCUCCUUUCCUGUCCUGUUCCUCUGCCUCUGUGAGGACCCUACUUGGAGCAUCUGCAAGGCCCAGAAGGAUGGAAUUGCUGGAAUCGGGGUAGGCUGGACCAGAAGGGUCUUAGCUCCAGGCGGCAACUCCUCUACAAGGCUGAGCCAGGACUGGUGCCGCAUGGCAGUCAAAGUCCAUGCUCACCUCCGUGUCACGCCUGCACUGCGGCUGCUUGGAGGUUUGCACACACUGGUGUCCGCGGGUCAGCCCCUCCAGCCAGACACGCGCCCCCCCCCCCCCAGUGCCUCGCACAGCUCUCAGGGCUGCCGUGCUUCUGCCUCUCAGUGCGGGACUGACAUCUGCCUGUCUUUGGGUCUUGGCUUCCUCAUCCUUCUGGCUCCCUGGGUCUCUGCUGUACAGUGCACGGCUGUCCCUUCUUGGCCACCUCCCUGGACCUGAAGGCUGGCUUGGGUGAGUUAGGAGAGACAUUUAGGGGGAGCUGGCCAUCUCUGAGCAUCAAGACACCUUGCCUCCAGCUGGGAGCAUCCAACACAUCACCCUGGAGCCCGGGACAGCCUUCCAGGGACUGGGGGCAGCGGCUGAGACCCAGACUCCACCCUCACCAUCUCUCAGGCCAGGAGAGUCUCUGUGGCAUCCCUCUGCACGCUUCUUACUCACCGAGUCCCUCUGCCCCGAGUACUCGGACCAGAGGCCAUCUGAGCCGUGCGCUGUGGGGGACAGAGAACAGGAGUACAAGGGGAGCGAGAGGACACGGGAGUGGGAGGAGUGGGAGGACACGGGAGUGGGAACAUGGAGAGUGGGAGGACUGGAGAGAAGGAGAACAGGGAGCAGGAGGACUCGGAGCAUGAAGACAUGGAGAGCGGGAGGACUCGGGGAGUGGGAACAUCGAGAGCAGGAGCACACGGGAGCGAGAGGACUCGGGGAGUGGGAGGACUAGAGAGCAGGAGGACACGGAGGAUACGGGGAGCAGGAGUGAGAGGACUCGAGCAGGGGGACACGGAGAGGGAGGAUACAGGGAGCGGGAGCACAGAGCAGGAGGACACGGGGAGUGGGAGGACAUGGAGAGCGGGAGGACUUGGGGAGCGGGAGCUUGGAGAGCGGGAGAAUUCGGGGAGCGGCAGGACACGUGGAGCGGGAGCAGAAGGAGUGGAACCCUUAAAGGGCAUGUGAUCUUGACUUUAUUACCUAAACUCUGUUAUCUGAAUUUUCUCAUCUUUAAAAGGGAGAUAAUAAUUGUCAGUUACCAUGUAUUCCAUGCAAAAGCACCCAGCACAGUCCUAGCAUAGAAUAUAUUUUCAAUAAAUGUUGGAAACAGGAAAAAAGACUCCAGCAGAACUUCAGUUGAUCUCAGAUCCUCGGGAGGAGCGGAGGAUGUGUUCCCCGCCCCGCCCCCCUCUAAGUAGGGACUCAUGUGCUGGACGAGCUUUGGGGUGGGGGGAGGCAGCUCACGUGACUCUACACUUGAAAUCCUCCAGAACAGGGGAUCCCUGGGUGACUCAGCGGUUUAGCGUCUGCCUUUGGCCCAGGGCGUGAUCCUGGAGUCCCAGGAUCGAGUUCCCCAUUGGGCUCCUGGCAUGGAGCCUGCUUCUCCCUCUGCCUGUCUCUCUCUCUCUCUCUCUCUCUCUCUCUCUCUCUCUCUCUCUCCCUCCUCUAUCGUAAAUAAAUAAAUCUUUAAAAACAAAAAUCCUCCAGAACAAAACCUAGGAAUUUGGUAGCAAGUCGUGUUAUCUUUGUUAUUUUCCUGAGCAUAAAGCCCAAGGUUUCUACCAUCUCAGAGUAUCCAGAGCAAGUGGUCUCAAGAAGCUAACUCCUCAACCACGGUUUAGAUUGUGUUUGUCAUUAGUCAUCAGCAAAACCAGUUCCCAGGAUAUUUUCCAAAGAAGUCAUUUCAGCUCAGCCUUGUCCGUGCUGCCGGGCGCUCCAAGGUUUGAUCAUCCAUGGGACCGGAGCGGUCCCGCACAGCAGUGGGGGGAUUCACACUCCACACCUGGCACUUGGUCAGCUUCUAAGGUCUUUCCUGAGGAAAAGCAUUUGUAAUACCUGAUUACCUUGCCUGAACUUCAGCAACUGCAGCAAAGACUCAUCCGGUUCCUGUUAAAGGAUGGAUAAUAUCCAGGACCCAUCAAACAUCUGGAAUAUUGUAAAUAACACUUUUGAAUAAAUGAAAGAAAACAUUCCAGGUCAAGUUAUUUCUGUUUAGAACUUAUGUUGCUUUCGAAUUUUUCCAGUGUUUGAAGAACACCCUCAGUACUAGUAUUUCAACAGCACCAUCUUUUGAAAACGUCUGGAUCAUGGGAUCAAUAAAAAAUAAAUUUGAGGGCAGCCCAGGUGGCUCAGCGGUUCAGCCCAGGAUGUGAUCCUGGAGACCCAGGAUCAAGUCCCACAUCAGGUUCCCUGCAUGGAGCCUGCUUCUCCCUCUGCCUGUGUCUCUGCCUCUC